AUGGAUGGCAUGCAACCCAGCAUCCCCAGGGAUCCUUUUCGAAAUAAGGAAGCUGGCAGUUUGAAGCCCAACCAAGUGAAUGAGGACGAGAAUUGUAGUCGGACGACAUCAACGUCAUCUCGCAAACCAGGCACGAGUAAAUCCAAGGUUGGCAGAGCUAGACGAAGAGAUCGACAUGGCAGAAAGAGUGACGAUUCCGGAUUCAAACUAGUGUUGAGACUGUUACCGCCUGAUUUGAGCGAAGAUGAAUUCCUGAAGACCCUCAAGACAGAGAUAGGCGAUAUGAUAAAUCUGGGCAUUGAUGGCUGGUACUAUGUCCAAGGGCACUAUUCUGUGAAAUUCCGCUCUGAGCCUGUCUAUUCCCGCUGCUACUUGUAUUUUAAUGAUAUGGAACAGCUUGGGAAAUUUGCGAGCAGGGUCCAACCUAUCAGGUUCGUGGAUGACAAAGAUAACGCUGCUAAUGCAGUUGCUAAAGUUUCGCCUUACAACAAGAGGCUCGUCACUGACCCGCCCAAGAACGCUCAGUCCAAGCAGUCUUUGGAGGGUACAAUUAAGGAAGAUCCUCUGUUUCAAACCUUCCUUAAAUCUCUGAAAAUAUUGGAAGAGAGAACAUCAGACUAUUCGUAUGCUGAUGUCAGCAUCAUGAAGCCGCUGGAGAAAGAGUUAGCCAAGAGGAGGAGCAUUGAGUCCGAAAUCGAGAAGAGGACUGAAAUGGCUUUGAUAGCUUUGACUGGCGACAUUGAAAAGAAGUCAAAGAGUAAGGGCAAAAAGAAGAAUAAGAAGAAGGAUAAGGUGUCUAAAGAAGCUGGGGAAGUCGCCACGGAACCCACCUCCAGUGUGGAUCGUAAACGAAAGAAAGCAAAGAAGAAAACAACCAAACCUGAUGUCAAAACCAAUAACGUCGAGAAGAAUAACAACGUUGUCAUUCUCGAGGCUGCCGGAAGGAAAGAGCUACAAAGGAGGAAGAAAUUACAGAUGGAGAAGGAAAAGAUGGCAGGACGUGCUGACCCUGCCGUGACGAAGAAGAAAUCUCGAUCAAAGGGCAAACCAAGCGAUUCUAGCGGUGAUAUUCAAAAUCUAUCGAACCUGAAACUCAAAAGAGAAACUGCUGAGCACUCCUAA